AUUUCACUAGAAGGCCGAGCUUCGGGUCUCCGUCAUUCUCUUUCCGCCCGACCCGCCAUCUUGCGAGCAACCCGGGGUAAUCAGGCACCAUGACGAACACAAGAGGCAAGAGGAGGGGAACCAGGUAUAUGUUUGCCAGGCCCUUCCGUAAGCAUGGCCCAAUCCCUCUCUCUAUUUACAUGCGCAUCUACAAGAAGGGAGAUAUUGUUGAUAUCAAGGGCACAGGUACCGUUCAGAAGGGCAUGCCUCAUAAGUGCUACCAUGGCAAGACAGGACGUAUUUACAACGUCACACAGCACGCUGUCGGCAUCAUUGUCAACAAGCAGGUCAAGGGUAAGAUCCUGGCCAAGAGAAUCAACGUGCGUAUUGAGCAUGUGAAGCACUCGAAGAGCAGAGACAGCUUCCUGCAGCGUGUCAAGGACAACGAGAAGAUGAAGCUGGAAGCCAAGCAGAAGAACACCUGGGUGGAGCUGAAGCGCCAGCCUGCUGCCCCUCGCCCAGCCCACUUUGUCAGCACCAAGAACAAUGAGCCCCAGCUGCUGGAGCCCAUCCCAUACGAGUUCAUGGCAUAAAUCUGCUGACCAAAUAAAACUGUUUAUACACGUU